AUGGUCGCUGUAGUAUGAAGUAAUCAAUAUUGAAAAAGAAAAUUUCCACAAGAAAUUCCACUAAUUAUCUCAAGAACCACCGCCUUUUUUUUUUGCCCCGUGAUAUUUGUGAGAGCAUUGAGAGAAAAAUUUGACUCGCAGAGGGGUCACUGAUAAGAGCUGCGCAACCACUUCCAAGGUUUUCGAAUACUAUUAUGAGAAAGCCGUUUUUGUUUCAUCAUCUGAUUUAUUUUUCCUUAUCAAAACUUUUUUUUCUUUCAUUUCUCUAAGUUUGCAAAACUUUUUUUCAAAAACAUUCUUUUACAAGAAAAAAAAAUGAUGAUGGCAUCAUCAUUUAUGUCAGUUGCGAAACUUUGAAAACGUAUUCUUCCGGAAAAAUUUUUUUUUUGAAUAAAAUAUUUUCUACUGUUUUGAGAACUUUUUUCAACCUUUGAGUUGAACGUUGAACGUUUUUCUUUCCAUUUCACACGAAGAGUAAUUCUUUCUUUCAGGUCCAGCUCUGUGGCCGAAUGGCUCAGCUGGGAAAUGAUGAAAACUUGAAGUUGUUCAGAAAUUCAGCUGACAGGGGGAGACGUUGGCGGAAAGAAUCAAACGGAAGAUGGCGCGAAGAAGAACAAAAAAGUUCCGACGAAGACGAAAAUACAUUCAACUUUCCCGGAGAGACGACUCAACUUUUUUCUGGCACAAAUCCAAUAAGAAGAACAACAGGUGGCCUUGAGAAUUUUCGCUCGGAACUUUUAAGUUACAGAUCAAGAUAUUGAGGGUCAGAUCAGAUCAAUGGUCCCGAAAAUCAGAAAAAAGACCAUAAGACCAGGUGAGACUAUCUGAGGAAGUUGUUCUUAAAAAGAGUCUCAGGUGGGGUUUCAACGGCCCUCCGGCAGUUCCGAUGGCUCUCCUGGAAGAACUGGCUGACGACUCUUCGCGAGCCUCUUUGGUUCUUCUUCGAGAUCUUCGUCCCGCUGGUUUUCGUCUUCGCUCUUCUACUUCUCAUGCUCGUCUGGGUGAAUUUUCUCUCGAAAUUUAUAUAAUUUCAUUUACCUUCAGCCUUUGAAAAAAAAAACGAGCACUAAAUGAAAAGAAAUACACAUUCAAAGUUUUUGCAGCCAGAGUCAACUUUGUGGAAAAAUGAGAAAUACCCAUCAGUCCUUCUUGAGAAAAGCACGCCGAUCCUCUCGCAAGUCAGAAAGGUCGGCUGCAGUCCGUAUGGAAGCUACAAACUCGCUGUGAAGUCAGUCGAAACGUGAACGCGAAUCUUCAGAAUGUAGCAUUUUCAGAGGAAGUGAAGACGACCAGAAGUUGUUGAGGCUGACAACAGAAAUAAAGAAGUCACUGGAAAGAAAAGGAAGAAUGAAAGUCGAAUGGGUACGUUGAAAUGCAUGCUCGUAGUCGCGGUUGGAAUGGCUCAAAGUUUCGCGGUCGCGUUGCGGUUGGAGUCAAGUCUAUACUCGAACCCGCAUUGAACAGUUUACCGUAUAGUUCAGUCUUUGAAUUUAUAAUUCGAGCCAAUUAAAAAAAAAAUUCAGCUGGAGAGAGAAAUGAAAUUUUGAAGGUGUUUUUCGAUAGCAGUGAUGAAAUGCUCGCCACCCUGGAAAUAAACCAGAUGAGCAGCAAUUGUGAAUCGUAAGAAUAUUUAGAAGCAAAGAAGACUCUGAAUAGCCUGUCAGGUUCAUCGGAGGGAUCGACGUCGAGAUGAACUCGGAGGCGGAUUCUUAUGCGUACAGCAUCUUUCUGCCGGACACGUUAGAUGACGGAUCCUGGGAAUCGCCGUCGGAAUGGCUUCCAAGCCAUCUGAUGAACGCCGAUAUUCACACGUGAUUUCAGAAACAGUUUUGAAGACAAAGAACCCUUUAAAGGCCGCCAUCGAACUCUCCGUACUGGCCUACUGGAUACAUUACCUUGCAGUUCAACAUUGAAUCCUUCUUCGUCCAGGUUUUGUAAUCCCCUUUGUAAAAUGUCUCUUUUCUCAGGAGAUUUCAAAGUCGAACAGCAACGAGACGGAAGACCUGCCGGCUGUCUACGUGCAGAGACUGACCGAGCCCCUCAUCGUCAACAACAAGUUCACUUCUAUGACGUCCAAGGUGACGCUUCUCUGGGUCAUUUGCGGCUUCUCGGUCAUGCUCCACACUGUUCGCGGGAUCAGUGCCGAACGCCAGAACAGCAAAGUUUUUUCUCCCGUUAGGAAAACACGCGAAGACGGUUCUUCAGCCAUCCCUCUCUGCUAUGGGACUGUCGACGUCGAUGUUCUACCUUUCCCACAUUGUCUUUGCCUUCUUCAAGAAUCUCCCGAUAUUCCUCUUCGCAACCGUCUCGAUCAGCAUCGAGUUAGAAGUUUGAAUCUUAUUGAAAUCUCGUCUUCGAAUAUUCGAAUCUUCAGAUGUCUCUCAAACUCGUCCUUCUAGCUGAAGCACUUAUCUACGAACUGGCUAUAAUUACAGUCGGGGCUUUUGGCUCAGCGCUUUUCUUCUCUUCUGAUGCCGCUGUGAUAGGUAAGAAUUUGUGAGAAAAGAACGUUUAAAGUUAAUAUAUUGCUUUGAAAUCGUUAAGCAUUCACAAAGAAAAAAGUGAAGGAAAGCUCUACAAAAAGGUAUCUUAACCUCGAAUUAAUUAAAUUUUCGUUUGGGAGCUCUUGCGUCAAAAAGAUGAUUAUUCAUCUGUUAAAUAGAAAAAGCAGUUUUUUUCAAAUAAAGAUAAAAAAAUAAAGUUUUUUUAAGGAAAUUUAUUUGAAUUCCUCAUUUCAGUUGUUUCUGGAACCUGGAUUCUAUCCUAUAGUUUUACCAUGCUGGAUCCGUCACCAGACGAGUUCUGGAGCAACUUCUUCAACACUUUGAACAUCAACGGCGCUGCUCAGUUCGUCAUGAACUCUUUGAGGGACGUCGUCAGCAAAUGUUUGGUUCCAUUUCAUAACCUAGCAGUCCUGAUUGUUCAGCUGAAAGUUGGGAUGCAGUCUUCGGAGCUGGCGACCAUCCAAAAGAGUUUCACUGUGGGAUUGCGAUGGCUCUCCAACUGUUCAUUUGUCUCCUUUUCUUCGUUUCAACUGUCUUGGUGGACAAGGCGUGCAAUUCGAAAGGAAUGAAGUGGACACAGGUUUUUUCAUUGAUAAGACUGCACUGGCCCUUUAUCAUUAAAAAGAGAGCAAGGGAAGAGAUAAAAAGUUAUACUUGAUACAGGGAAAGUUUCUAGAACGUCUAAUUAUGUUACUUGAUAUUAUCUCUCUACCAAAUUUGAAUGCGAUUUUCCAAUAGUUUCCAAAGAUUCAAACACAAGAUUAACCAAGUAUAUUGUUGAAAAAGUGACCAUUUAUUUUUUUUGGAUGUAGAGAAAUUUUAAAAAUUUUAGCUCUUCACUGCUUUACGAAGCUUCUUCCAAAAUACGCAGAAAAGUAUUUCUUUAAAAACCACAAGUCGCUAUGAGUUCAUCGACGAGCGCCUAGAAACUCUGGACGGUGUUCAUCUCAAAGACAUCUUCAAGGCAAGUUCUUUUCGUUCUAAUCCAUUCUCUCACCAGCCUUAUCGUGCACUUAUUUGGUAAAAAAAUCAGUCAAAAUGAGGACUUUUUGGAUUAUCAGUCUUCAUUAUGAUAAAAAAAGCUUAGUUAAAGUUAAAUUAAUCAGUAAAAAUAAUAUUAGGUUGGUAACUAAGUUUCCGAUAUUUUUGGUGUAAACAAACUUUAUUAUGUUUAGUAGAGGAAUAAAGGAGCAAACUUCAGAAUUAUUUUUUAUGGGCAUCUAUGGUCUGUUGCCUGGGCAGAGCAUGAAUGCCCUGCCUCCAGAAUGUGGUGGACUGUGCCUUGAACCAGUUGGUCAACCAGGGUCCGACUUGCUUCUCGUCGUCGAAUUUCUGCUCCGUGAGGGCUCGUUGAAGAUGGGAGAAAAGGUGAUAUUCAGAAGGGGCAACGUCAGGGGAGUGUGGUGAAAGAGAUAAAACAUGCCAUCCGUACGUCUCCAGCUCAGCCUUCGUCGAUCAGGCUGUGUGUGGUCGAGCGUUGUCAUGUUGGAAGUAGUGAACGGCCUGAUUCCCGCGUCUGUUUUCGACGCUGAGUCUCAGCUUUCGCAGCUGGCUAGUGUAGGUGUUGGCGUUGAUGUACGUCCCGUUUGGUAAAAGUUUCCAGAACUCCACGCUUCGAACCGACCUCCAGCCCGACAACAUGACCUUUUUCGCGUGUGGAGCCGGUUUAGCGACGUCUUAUGCCUUUUCAUCUUUGUCUACUCACUGAGGACGGCUCUCAGCAUUAUUAUGAGGGACCCACUUUUCAUCUCCAGUGAUAAGGUUGUCCAGCCAUCCGUGCGUUCUGUGGAGAGGGAGAAGAGAAAGAGCCAUGUAGACUCUGCGAUCCUUGUCUUAGUCGGUCAAUUGGUGGGGUUCUCAUCGGCCCAUCUUUUGGACCUUUCCGAUUUUUGUCAUUCCUUUUAAGAUAUCGACAUGGCUCACCCGCAGUGUGGCUUCCAAUUUCCAGGUGGUUAGAUAAGGAUCAGCUUCAACUUGGUUCCGCAACAGGUCCAGAUCCAACUCGGACGGCCGACCCGACCUCUCACCUUCAGACAUGAAAAAACUCCUUUCGAGAACUUGUUGAACUAAAGGCUGGUGGUGCUUUGAGAGGGCGCAUGCUCGUUUUAUGCGUCCUUGAUAUGACGUUCUUUAGCAGGUUGAUUGCUGUCAGAAAGAAACAGAAACAAAAGUAUGUGUAAAAAGUUCGUUCGGUCGGGGAUGAAUCUAUGGGGCAUCCUAAAAGGGGAACAAUGAGGAGACUAAAUCUACCAGUUGUUCACGUACAGGGGACUUUCCUCCUACUAGCAUGCCUAGUGGCAGAACAAUUAGUCCAUUCAGUAAAACGCGGGAGCUAACCAAAAACACACCUCAAAAAUAUCGUCGUAAACUUAGUUACCAACCUAAUAGUUCCUAAUUAUCAAUUUCAGAAAUAUUCUUCGACUAACGAGAUAGCCGUGAAUGGCAUCACCCUGAGUGCCUUGAAAGGACAAAUCUCGGUUUUCGCCGGUCAUAACGGGGCUGGGAAAAGCACGACUUUCUCGAUAAUUGCAGGCCUUCUGAGACCUUCUUCUGGUGAUUUAGCUACCUUGAUAGAAAAGUUUCUUCAUGACACUGAUUUAUCAUCAAAAAAUGAUGUAGGCACAUCUUUCAGAAGUUUUUUGAAAACUCGCGAAAGAUUAGAGAUGAGAUAAUCAUUUCCAAACACUUCUACAAACUUCUAAAUAUCCAAUGAGAAAAAGUCAGUUUCACAUCUUAACCUAGGCACUCUGAAAUUUGUCGAUGACGGCAAAAUCUAUUCCGAAUCUUCAUUCCGACGAGAAAUCGGCAUUUGUCAGCAGUCGAACGCGUCCUUCGAAAGGUCUUCCAAAUUAAAUUUCUCGUCAAAAUCGAAAUAUUUUUCAGGUUAACAGUCAGGGAACAUUUGCUUUUGAUAGCAUUAUUGAAAGGCGGAAAUCGGUCAGAAUGCCUAGAAGAAGCUGAAAAAAUACUGAACGCUUUGAAACUCGAAAAUCAAGCUGAUAAGGUAUCGAAAUCUAAUAUUUUCUUCGAAAAGACACAUAUUUUCGCAGUUUCCUUCGAUGUUGUCUGGAGGCAUGCUACGGAAGCUCAAUAUUGGAAUGGCCUUCAUGGGAGAUCCGAAGGUCUGUCGAAAAAAGAAAUUUUAUGUUUCAAAUUUUAUCCGGCUUUUUUAUACUAAUCUUUUUUUCACAUUCAAUAUAUAGCGAAGACAAGAAAAAUUUGGCUUGGAUUUUUUUCAAAACAUUUUUGGUAUAAUCAAACGCCCAAUGACCAAUUCCCAGAGGGUUGAAAAACCGUGAUUUAACGGGGAUCUCAGAUCCGACUUUCGAAAAUUCCAUUUUUUACUUUUGGAAGCUUUCAAAAAAACACUAAAUAAGUAAAGCGACAAAAUUAAUCAAAAAUCGAAUUGAACGAGUAAAUAAUCAAAAAAAUUUUUUUAAAGAUCCGUUUCUCUCAUUGUGGCGCUACAUUUUUCGAAUAAAUUACAAUUUUAAUCUAUAAGAAGUUUUUUUAGUCCAAGUUUUGGAUCAAAAAUUCAUUAGAAACUCUUUAAAAUAUAUGAUAAAAGGGAGUUUUUGCCGAAAUACUUGAUGACGAUUUCCCAGGUGGUGAUUUUGGACGAGCCAACAGUGGGAGUGGACAUCGUGACCAGACAAGAAGUCCUCGAUUUGCUUUUGAAGGAAAGAUCUCAGAGGUUUCGACGGAUACAGAAAAGUGAAAGAAACAGUUCAGGACGAUAAUAAUGUCGACGCACGAUUUGGAAGAGGCCGAGUAUCUGGGCGACUGGCUUUUCCUCAUGCACCAGGGCAACAUUUUGGCCAACGAAAGCACGCAAAGUCUCCGUUCCAGGUCCGUUUGGCGCUGUCUUAAUCAUAAUUCUUGUUUAAUUCGAAGGUUUCAAACGAUAAAAGUGCGCGGGGUCACCAAAGAGUACAUUUCUGAGAUCUGCCCAGGAAUACAGGCUCGCAUCUACGGAUCAAACAAUACACACAAUGGAUGUGAAUUCUAUUCAAAAGACGUCGUGUUUUCAGAGUAGGCCAUCGAAAGAGAUUCGGAUCUAUGAAAAAUCGAUUCUAGGCUUAUUCUUCAAAAAUUAAAAUCGAUAACCGAUCCGGAGAGCUGUCAAAUGACAACCUCAUCUUUCGACAAGGUAGUGGGAAACGCUAAAAGUGGCUGAAAAUGUCUUUUUCAAAGAUAGUGGAGUUGCUGGAAGCUGAGGAAGCGCUGACGGCGUCCUCUUCCACUGUAAGAAUUUUUUGUUUUCAAAAUUCAGGUGGACACUAAAAACGCUAUAAACUGAUGAAAUAUCAUAAAAUCCGAAAAAUCUAUACAGGUAAGAAUUGAAGGUUUUUUUUUGGAUGUUAUUCAUAAAAAAUCACAACCAUUCACAAUGUUUGAGCCAUAAGAGGUCUAUUGAAAUGUGAAACUUCAAGAUUUCGCUCAUGUUUAAAAAACCCAGCCUUUUUUACUGUUCAUUUAGUUCAGGCUGCACUUCUCGCCUUUAAUAAAAUUCAAGCAGACUUUACUAAAAAAGCCUUUCUCUAGGUCAAUCUGUACAUUGGCGGAACCGGAGAAGAGCAGAAAAAUGAAGACGCAAGCUUCAUGAGGAAGUCUUCUCUCCGUGCCAAGGCCCUCCUGAGGAAGAAGAUGUUGGUCGCACGAGGCGGCAUCUCUUACCAUUCCUUCCAUUUCUUCCUUCCGUUUUUCAUUCUUCUAGCUUGUGCCGCUCUCCUACGGCUGACGUUCCAGAAGCAAAUUCUGACAGGUUUUUCAACCUCAACUUCGUCAAGAGCUCCAAGUUGUUGCAGAGCAAACAUUUCAUCUAACGAGUUCUUUUGAUGUCGUUUCCCAAGAUCCUGAGAAUUUCUCGAAGGACCCCAGGUUCGAAGAAAUCCUUCGAAACUUCCGACGUCUUCAGACUCCAAAAAUGAAAGUAAGUUGACCAUUUUGAAGAUUGAAAAUGAGGUUAAACUCGAAGAUUCGGGCCGUGGAUACUCUCUUCGAUCUCGAAAAACAUCAUGCGGUGAGUUUUUGAUCCUUUGCAAGUUUUACAGGUAGAGUGAGACCUAGUGAGACAUCAAAACUUUGGUGUAUCUGUAAAUAAUAUUAAUCCUUCUUUCUAGAAACAUUCUACUGAUGAAAAAAGGUGAUUCAAUAAAAAUUUCUUCUUGAUUCUUUUUUUAAGGAGUUCUUUUAAACUUUCCGAGUUAUUUCAAUUAGAAACGCUAUUUCCUUUAAAUGUAUCCGAUUUCUUCCUGAUCUCAGGAAAAAGAUAUAAUUUUUCCAUUCGUUUCAGCGUAUUUCUUGAAAAAAGAUCAGAGUGAAUUUGAAAAACUGGGUGACAUUUCAACUGCAAGGCCUGAACUGUUGUUGUUUCCGCAAAGUUUGACUCUAAUCGAUAACGUUAUCUGCAUAGAACUUCCUUAUACAGAAAACAAAAGAAGUUGACAGAGGGGAGUCGGCUUCGGCCUGGCGGGAGACCCGCGGGACAACAGCUGGACCGUCGCCGUCAGCGGCCGCUGCUUCAAAUGUCUGCCCGUGGCGCUGUCGAUGUACAACCAGGCGUUGGCGUCGACUUUGGCCGGGAGAAAUGUUACUUUUCGGCCAAGGCUGUUCACUUACAGUGCUUCCAGUAGUAGAGAACAGCAGGUUUUCAGACUAUCCUAAGGGAUAUUUUUAAGUGUGAAGUUUGGAAACCAUUAGAAAUAUUCUAAAAAGUCUAUUGGAAAAGAUUUAUCAUAAUCUCUACCUACGCAAACUUCAAGUUUUCGAGUUAUGUAUGAGUUCUUAAAAAGCGUGUUUAACACAGAAAUGUCCGAAAACUCCUGUUUUUGAAGAUCACUUUUUUAAAAUCAAACUUUUGGUAACAAUUAUGAGGAUCCUUCCUCUACUCGUUCAGAGAGAUAUUUCGAACAUAUGACGAAAAAUUCCUAACUUCACACAUAAAUGACCUAGCUUGUCAAGAAAAAAGCACCAGAAAGUGAUUUCCAGGGUCUCGUGUCGAAAGAAAUGGUCCAGUUGGUGGCCCCAACAUGGCUGGUUCUCUCUUUGUUGCUCAUCAUCAUGUCUUCCGCCAGGAUCCAUGUCAUUGAGAACAGUGAAAAGUUCAACACUUUGGUUUUCCUCCCAGACGUCUCCUUCCUCUUGAAGAACAACUUCAGAUGUCUCUAACUGGAAUAAAUCCAUUUUUCACUUGGUUCUUCACGGCUUUCGUCGACUUCUUCAUCUACACGGCAACCACUUCCAUCUUAUUCUGGUCCUGUUCUUAUUUGCUGGCGAUUAUUGAACCUCGUCAGAUCCUCAGGUUAAGCCGUUUAGCUUGAAAGAAGGUCAUUUCACUAAGAAAUCAGGAAUUGUCUGAAAAACAGUGCAAAAAUUCUUUGUGGAACCUCUCAUAAGUUCGCAAAAUAUUAGUUUCGGUUUUUCGAAAUCAUAUAGAAAUUCAGAGAAUGGUAAGGUAAAUUUGUCGAAAAUGCACACUAAAAUGACCGCUUCGACAACUCUUGAGUUUCAGACUCGUGCUCAUCGCCGACUUUUAUUUUCUCAGCUCGGUUUCCUUCGUCUAUCUUGUUGGAUCGAGCAGCUCUUCUGUGAACAAGGUGAGUACCCAAGAGUUAACUCUCUAGAGAUUCGCUUCAGACGGAAAUCUUCCUCAUUUCUUUCUUCAUGACGACCGCCGCAAUCUUUUCCAUCAUCCAAAGAUUUUACCACGCCUACUUGGGGUUAUCCAAUCCGGCAUUCUUCGAUGUUUGAAGAAGUUAUCUCGAAAUGGACAUUUCCCUUUUUCAGAGAACCUUCUCGAUUCUAUCUCCACUGUUAGUCGUCUGGAACUUAAUCAACGAAGAGAUUUGGAGCCCUCGGAAAGCCGCUGGACUCAUUUUCAAUCCGUAUACAGGUUUUGGUUGUCUUAGAAGUCGAUUCAGUUUCAAAUCAUUCAGAUUUGCCAAUACUGUUAUUCGGCUUGUUCUUCGUUUGGGUGUUCAUAAUUCUCGACUGGCGUUUCUGGAAGUUCUUCAGAUCGGAGAACGAAGAAUCGGAAGAAGACGCCUUGCAUAUCAAAGUUUGACACAUGAAUUGGUAGAAAAUCAGAAGUUGCAGGGCGUCGGGAAGACGUUGGGAGGCGUGACGGCGGUGGAGAACCUCAGCUUUGACGUCGCCAAGAACGAGUGCUUCGGGCUUCUCGGCGUCAACGGCGCCGGCAAGACGACGACGAUGAAGCUUCUGACGGGGCAGCUGGCCGCAGAAGGAGAGAUGAUUCUCUACAGGGACCGACCUCAUCAUUUCUCGGUCUCGGGAUGGUCAGAACUGCUCAGAAAUCUCGUUCUUUUUGCAGAAAACUAUCGGGUUUUGUCCGCAGUUUGACGCGCUGUUGAGAGACUUGACUGGGCGGGAGAACUUGGAGGUAAAUUGGAGUUUUUGUAGCGUAGUGUAAUAAAAAAUGGCUCUCAUAAAAAUUGCACCGCAAUGAUCGAAUCACCUUUUUAGCAAGAAAACUCCUGUUUUUCUUUGUUUUUGAUUUUUCCGCUAAUUCUUCGAAAGUUCCUGGUUAAUGAAAGAUUAUCUAGUUUUGCUUUGUUCGCGCGUAGAAUCCAAAAUUUUUGAAAACGGUGAACUUAGUUUUUUUUUUUUUCAAAGUAUUAGAAGUAUGCUAUUCCAAAAAAGAAAACAUUUGGUCAAACUUAUGAAUGGCAAACCUCAGGUACUUGCCGAGAUGAACGGGAUCGUCGGAGCUAGGAUAAAAGUGAGAGAAGUCCUGCUCAAAGUCGGAAUGCUGCGUCACGCCGACAAGGCUAUCAAAAGAUACAGGUAUCCUUCCCAAAGUGGACACUUAACCAAUCCAACAUUCUUAAGUGGCGGAGAGAAAAGGAGAAUUUCGCUGGCCGCAGCUUUGUUGAUACGGAGCGACGUGCUCAUUUUGGAUGAGCCGACGUCGGGAAUCGACGCAAAGGUAGGAACUCAGUUUUGUGAACACGUCUUGAUGAAAAAAUAUUAGAUCCAAAAGAAAGGCGGAAUGAGGAAAAGAAUUCGAGUGCAGUUUGAAAUAUUGGAAAAAAGCGGAAAAAUUGAGAAGUUUUCAUUACCUAGAAAAACAGGUUGCUUGAAAAUGCCUAUUCUCCUAAUAUGAGAAGCUAAAGACUUCAUUGAAACUAUGAAGAGACUCUGGAACAUGGAAUGAAAUACAGAGACAAGAGAAUCAAAAUCAGUAAAUCUUCGAAAACAUUUAGUCCCGAAUGGAAAUCUGGAAGGCGAUCGAAGAGACGAGACAAAGCCGAUCAGUAGUGCUGGCCUCGCAUUCGAUGGCCGAAUGCGAAAAACUUUGCACCAAAAUCGGCUUCCUCAGAAAUGGCCGAAUCGACAAGGAGGAUGUCGACUUUGUCCAGUCUUUCAUUGACAAGUAGGACUCUUUUCGCGGGAAAAAUUGAGUUUUGACAUUUCAAAAAGCUCUUUUGGGAACAAAAUCAACUUGUAACGUAACAAAACUUGGCACUUUCAUUACAUAUCCGAUUUAAAGACACAACGAACUGCUGGUCACGUUCCUCAGCGACGGUCCAGACUUUCUCGACCCAGAGUUCGCCAUAAAAGUUUACGAAACGUAAGGAUUUCUGCUCUAGAUUUAAUUCAAAAUCAAAAGGCCCCAGGUUCUCAUGGGCAGUCAUUUUGCGGAUUUCGCGUCGUGAAAUGCGUUUCCGAGUGCCAAAGACAGAUUUGACGCUAGAGGAGGCGACGUUGUUGGCUGUCAGACUCGCCAAAAGUUCAAAAGUAGGCGUUUUAUGAAUCAACAAAAGAAGGAAAUCUUCGAGUUCAAAAAACCAACCCAAAAUCGUCAAAAGCUUUUCUUUCAAAAAAGUUCAACUUUUGGGGUCUCUACCGAUAGGAAAAACUCAGCUGCAAAAUAUUUUUGCUUCAGUAUUCAGAGGAUGAUAAGUUGUUCGUUAUAGCUUCAAAAGUCCUUGUUCACCGCCUAGUCGAUUACAUCUAUGACUAAAACUAACAAAAAGAAUGAUUUGAUUCAAAAUGCAAAACGGAUCUCGCGGAAUCACUUUGAACACGUCAUUAGAAUAUGAUGACUUUUGAAAGUAGAAUGAAACUAACUCGAAUCGAUGGCGCUCCCUGGAUAGCUGCCAAGUAGAACUUCUUGCCUGUUUUCCAUCAUUUCCACCUCAAAAUUAUAUCGAUAAACCUUUGUCAAAAUUAUUUUGUAGACGAUGUAUAUAGAAAAAGAGAAACGAAAAAAAUUCAAAAACGGAUAAAAUGAGAUUGCGCGAAAGAUGAUAAUGAUCAAAACCAGGGAUAUUUUUUUUCCUUGAGGUAGUAACUAAGUAAAAAAAUUCUAAAAAUAAAAAAAAAGUGAAAGUCAAAAUGUAUAUUUGCUAUUUCGGCUGGUCUAUGGAUUCCAAUUUUACAAACGGUGACGACUUGUAGGGUGGCCCAUCGUCCCAAUUUUCUCUCUUAAACUAGUUCAAAAAAAUAGUGAAAAAAAUUUCGGAGUAUAGUCGAUGUGCCACAAGUUGAAAUUUCAUGGAACGACACUCCGCUGUUUCGAUUUUGUGCGGUAGCGCGCAUCUGGCGAAUUUGCCAACUUCGGCCACGCUAAUUUUUUUUUUGGUUUUCAUUCUAAUUUCGAUCGUUUUUUUUAUUGUUGUAUUUCUUUAAAAUGUAAUAUUAUCGUUGAAAAGGAUUGCGUUGUACAAAUGUAAAAGAAAGAACACAGUAAAUUUCAUGAUGUUUCUCGAAAAAAGCGAUUAAAAAAAAGUUUGAAAAACUUCAUGUAUUCUUCAAUCGCUUUGAUAUUGUUUUUCUCGUUUCUCAAAAAAGUUUUCAAAGACUUACCAAAAGGAUUUGCGGGUGAAACGCCACAAUAUUCUACAAUAGUUUCUGUGUUUUUUUUAAGCCAUGUUUUAAUGUUUUCAUCGUUUUUUUUUCUGUUUGCAGUCGUUUUUUUUUAAAUAAAAAUUCGUCAAUGUAGAAACAUUCAAUUUUUUUAAAAUCAUUCACUGUGUAUUUUAUUUCUGAUUGUAAUAUUUUUUUACAUGAUUUGAAAUGAAAAAAAGAAAUGUCGAUAAAGGCUCAAUGAAGGUAAAAAUAACGGAAUAUAUUGAACAAAAACCAAAGACCAUCUCAUGAAAAAAACUUUCAAAUAUUAUAAACGCAUUUUUUUCGCUUAAAAUUCGAAAAAUUACUCUACUUUAUUUUUUUAUCAAUGAAACAGUCUAUCCUCUAGAAAAGAUAAUUAUGAUUUUGGCGCGAAGAAAACUAUUACAACAUAAUUAAAAUAAUGAACAUUUCGAAUAAAACAAAAAAAUGGAAAGCGCGACCGAAAUUCGCAAAGGCAAGGCGCUUUCACGGCCACGGCCACCCAACGGAGUGUCGUUCCAUGAAAUUUCAAGUCGUGGCACAUCGACUAUAUCUUGGGUUGCAAUGGCUCUGAUUGUCUGCGCUCUCCCUCAAACAGGCACUGUUUCUAUUCUUAUCGUGUCAGAACCUUUUUUCGAUUGCUCAUGUCAGUCGUGUCGAGAAAAUAAACCUAGAUUUCUAUCAAAAAGAGUAAAAAAACAAUAAGAAUGAAGAAGAAAAGUAUGAAAAAGAAAGAAAAGAGAACACGGAUCUAUGGAGGAGAUUUGAUAGAAAGGAUAAGGUCUAACAUGUGAUUUUGAAAAAAAAAACUUACAGUAGCGAGAAUGCGUGAGGCAACAAACGGUUUUUUAACGAUAACUCCGCUGAAAAUAAUUGGUUUGAUCUGAAAUUUUGCAGGAAUUUAUUAAUCAGAGUGACCAACAAUAUUGCAUAAAAUAAUCAUCCUACUCAAAGUCAAGGCUGAGAAAAACGCUUUUCAAAAAAAUUCAUGAAACUUGAAAAACUGUAUUUAUGAUAAAUGUAUCCGUUUAGAUUCGUUUUCCAUCAGUCGAAUCCUUCAGAAAACGCUCUUUUUUUCUAGAAACGAGGCGUCAAAACGUUCGUGGAGCCGUGCAGACUGAGCGACGUGCUGUUGGCACGAUUCCAGCGCGAGAAGCAACCCGAAAAAGCUGCGGAGACGCUGAUCGACUUUCAAAGCGAAGUACACAAAAAAUUGGCAGAAGACCCUAUUGUACUACGAUCCUACAGCAAUCCGGAGACAUAUCGCCGAUUAAAAUAA